AUGGGCACCAAACUUCUGCACCAUAAUCCUUCCCAAGGAGUCAUCCAGUCACAGUUCGAGGGUGAUCAUGUGGGCCUAGUGGUGAUCAUGUGGUCUUGUGCAGGCCUGGAGGGCCCGGUUCAGCAGAACGGAGAUCAUGCAUGUGUGUAUCUCAGGCAUGUAGGCCUUGGGGAUGUGGCUGGCAGAGCAGAGAUCAUGCAGGCCUGUGCAGGUUUGGGGGCAUGGCCUGGUGGAGAUCACGAAUGUCUGUGGAUCCUCAUCCUUAAUUACUUGUCUGAGGGAGAUUGUGUGAGUCUGAGGGGUGGGAGUUUGGGGUGGCACAGCCCUGGCUGGCAAAAGAGCAAGGCCAGAGGAUUGGCAAUCCCAUGCCUGCGGCCCGCUCCCCUCGUUUUUCCUGUCUCGGCGGGCCCCAGCCGCGGGCAGGUGACUGAGGCCACGCCUGAGAGGCAACUUCUCAGACUCAAGAUAACCAACAAAGAACCUCUUCCCAAAAAGUUUCGUCUGAGUGAGACAGACUUCAAAGUGAUGACACGAGACGAAUUAAUUCUAAGAUGGAAACAAUAGGAAGCGUAUGUCCGGGCUUUCGAGGGAAAGUACACAGAUCUUAACUCAAAUGGUGUAACUGGCUUAAGGGAGUCUGAAGAAAAACUAAAGCAGCAGCAACAAGAGUCUGCAAGCAAGGAGAACAUCCUUGUAAUGCAACUAGCAACCAAGGAACAAGAGAUGCAAGAGUGUACUACUCAAAUCCAGUACCCCAAGCGAGUCCAGCAGCAGAGUGUUGCCCAACUGAGAUCAACAAUGGUAGACCUAGCCAUCAACUUGUUUUUCCUAAAAAUGAAAGGUGAACUGGAACAAACUAAAGACAAGCUGGAACAAGCCCCAAAUGAACUAAGUGCCUGGAAGUUUACGCCUGAUAGAGGCCUGAUGCCUUCGGACUAUUCUGAAGAAGAUGCCACUUCCGAAAAAUUCCCCUUCUAG